AUGAGAUCGGGGCUCGGCGGCGCCGCUGACACCGAUCAGCUGCUCUCGCACCUCUUGGCGCUGCGCGCGCUCGUGCCCGACGUCGAGACGCGCAUUGGCAAGGCGGACCCCUCAAGCGUUUGGCGCGACAUAGAGUCCGCGAAGCAGCUGGGCGCCGACACCCAGGAGCUGACGGCGGCGGUGUCAGACCUGCUGGGCGCGUACCGCGAGUGGCACUCAGGGCGCGCGCGCGCCGCGGCGUCCAACCAGGACUACCUCAAUCGCACCAUAGACCAGGCCGAGGCAAAAGCAGCAAAGGCCCUCCGCCACCUGCGCCUGCAGCUGCAGCGCCUGCGCGCGCUCAACGCUGCGCUGCGCGACGCCGCAGCGCUGCCCGCGCUGCUGCUCGAGGUGUCGGAGCGCUCGGCCGCGCUGCGGGCGCGGUGCGGCGCGCUGAGCGCCGCGGCGGCGCGCGCGGAGGAGGCGGCGGCAGCGGCGGCGCCGCCGCCGGGCAGGCGGCCGGGCUAG